CCACGAGGUAUCGAUUCUUAGAGUAUCUUGGCGCACAAUUCGACGUGUCGAGUCAACGCAAAACAAGAAGAUCCAAUGACAUCGUACCCGAACGGCUUCCGCGAGUGCUGGGGAGACUACCGCGAGGAGGAAGACCUGGAAGUCGCGUCCCAACAGCUGUACAAGCACCAGAAGUCUCUCCCGAAGCUGCCCGUGCCGUCGUUGGCCGACACGUGUGCCUUGUACCUGCAAACGGUGCGUCCCCUCACGACGGAUGCAGAGUUCGUCGCAACGAAAGCGGCUGUCGAGGCUUUUUUGAAAGGUCCAUUGGGGCCGGUCCUUCAAAAGCGCCUUGAAGCACGCGCGGCAUCGCGACCCAACUCGUCGUACUUGGCCGAGUGGUGGAACACGUUGGGGUACCUCCACGUGCGGGAUCCCGUCGUGUUCAACGUGAGCUACUUCUUCCAUUUCAGCGACAGUGUGCACCUCGCGCAGCGUUCGCAAGUGGGUCGAGCUGCGUCGCUACUCGUGGCGUCGAUGGCGUUUCGGAACCAAGUCGCGUCGGGCACUCGGCCGCCGGAAACGUUGGGGAAAGGCCAGACUCCGCUCUGCUCAACGGCGUACAAGUACAUGUUCAACGCGUGUCGCAUCCCUCGCCGCGACGCCGAUUCGUACAGGAUCUACGACCCAUCGACCCAUCACCACGUGGUCGUGAUGCGCCACAACAAGUUCUUCAAGGUGCAUCAAGGUCCGACGCCGCUGUCGUUCUUGGAAUGGACGUCUAUCCUCACGCACAUUUUGGACGUGGCGGGGUCGAUCGAGUCAUCCGUCGGUGUCUUGUCCUCGGAAAACCGCGACGUGUGGGCCGACGCACGGACUCAACUGCUGGCCGAUGGCAACGCCGCCACUCUGCGCGACAUCGAGUCGGCCGUGCUCUUGCUCUGUCUGGACGACGACGCGCCCACAUCCCGCACGGACGUAUCCCGCGCGCUGUGGCACGGGAAUGGCCGCAAUCGCUUCUACGACAAGUGUAUUCAGCUCGUCGUGUUUGGCAACGGCAAGGCGGGCUUGUUGGCCGAACAUUCCAUGCUGGAUGGCAUGGCCAUGUCCGUGUACGCCGACUUCAUCCUCACGGGGCUCCACAAGCAAACAAUCGACCUGGGGGACACCACGCUGACCCACGCAGCGCUCGUGGCGCGCCUGCCGGCCGUCACACCGCUCAAGGUCCACAUGUCGGCGGCAACGUUGCAAGCGAUCGCGUCGGCCGAACGCACGUUUGACGCCACCGUCGCCGGCCACGACGUGCACGUCGAAUCGUUCUUUGGGUAUGGCAACCACGCGAUCAAGUCGUUUCAGUGCAGCCCCGACGCGUUUGUCCAGAUGGCUAUCCAGCUGGCGGGCCGAAAGCACUGGGGCAAGUCAGUAGCUACGUACGAAGCAUCGCAAGUGCGCGUGUUCUUACACGGACGGACAGAAACCACGCGCUCUUGUUCGAGUGCGAGCCAUGCAUUUGCCAACAUCAUGGUGCAAACCAGCCCCGUGGACCAGCUGUCCGUCAAGGUAACGCUGGGGUUGUUCUAUCCUUGUAUAUAUAAUUAUGAAUGCCCCAUCCACAUGUGUAAACAAACCCACUGCUCGAGUGUUUAUUUUUGGCUUUUACUGCCUGAACAACAAACAAUAUUGCUUUUUCACGGCACAGGCGGGACUGUGUCGCGAUGCAUGCAACGCGCAUGUCAAGUACAUGAAGAUUGCGGCGCAAUCCAAGGGCGUGGACCGCCACUUGCUGGGCCUUCGGCUGUGCCUGCAACCUGGCGAGUCGGCCGCCCUGUUUGACGACCCAGUGUUUGCCCGGUCCAAGUAUUGGCAGAUUUCCACGAGUCACUUGACCCACGACUUGUUUGACGGGUGGGGAUGGGGCGAAGUUGUGCCGGAUGGUGUCGGGAUUGCGUACAGCAUCAAGAAGAACUCUGUGCAUUUCAACAUUGCGUGCCGCAAGUCCAUCGAAGGCCAGCCGUCGGUGGCGCGGUCGUUUGGCCACUUGCUCGAAGAGAGUUUGCUUGAAAUGCGCCAUGUGAUGGAAGCGGACCAAGCGCUCAAGUUGACGGCCAAGCUCUAGAUGUCCUCGUCGUAGAUGUUGAAUGCGACGUGGACACGAAUACGGACGGCAUGAUGAAACAUGAGCAGGAAACGUAUUGUCCUUUGUACGCGUGAGCUACUUACUACAUUAUGCCUGGGCUAGUAGUUGGACGCUCGGGGUUGGUAUAUUGCUCGACUGGUGUAACUACUUCGUGGUUGGGACGACGGCUGGUACUGCGGUGCGCCGCUGUUUCGUGGACUCUGACGGGGACUGUUGUCGGCAAAGUGAUGUCGACUGGUGUGCUGUGCGUAAGGCGGACUCGCUUUCUUGUGGUGGCGGGGGGACGAGUUGCUUUGGUGGUGGUUGUGGUGGCCCGAUUGGGCAUAAAGCGGAGUGUGGUCGUCUUGGUAUGUGAUGGCUCGGGGAGACGGCGCCCCCGCCAUCCACUUGUUCCACAAAUCCGCAUCAUCACUUCGUCCCUGCGCCUUCAAUGAUUCCAACUCCCGUGUCAAGUCAGCUUCCAUCUGCAUGCGUUCGAUCUCUGCUAGUAGUUCGUUCAUCUCGUCGUCGCCGCCGUCGUCGUCAUAGUCUUGAGACGGGUACGCGUUCGGGUCAUAAGACUCCUCCACGUAUUCGUCGUAGUAGACCUUGUUGUCUGUCGGCACCGGAGGUGGCGGCACACCCCACGUGCCAAACGUCGGCACAAAUGACGCGGCUUUCGGAUUUAGCUUCAUCUUCUUUCCUGGUGGCGACGGAAGUGCCUUUCCG